AUGGCAGGAAACGACUGGAUAAACAGUUACUUGGAGGCCAUCCUGGACGUUGAUGCAGGGAUCAACGAUCAGAAAUCCUCGCUUCUGUUGAGAGAGAGAGGUCGGUUCAGUCCGGCUCAGUACUUUGUCGAAGAAGUCAUUACUGGAUUCGAUGAGACGGAUCUUCACCGUUCUUGGGUUCGGGCAUCAGCCAUUCGGAAUUCUGAGGAGAGGAAUACGAGGUUGGAGAAUAUGUGUUGGAGGAUUUGGAACUUGGCUCGCAAGAAGAAACGUAUUGAGGGUGAAGAAGCGCAGCGUAACACUAAAAUGCAUAUUGAACGUGAAAGGGCUCGCAGAGAGGCGACUGCUGAUAUGUCAGAAGACUUAUCAGAAGGAGAAAAGGGUGAUACAGUUGGCGAUCUUGCUCGUGUUGAUAGCCUCAGAGGGAGAAUGCGAAGGGUCAGUUCAGUGGAUAUGAUGCCAAACUGGGCAAGUCAAAAUGAGGAAAAGAAACUUUAUCUUGUGCUAAUCAGUCUUCAUGGCUUGAUACGUGGAGAAAACAUGGAGCUUGGUCGGGAUUCUGAUACAGGUGGUCAGGUCAAGUAUGUUGUGGAACUAGCCAGGGCCUUGGGUGCAAUGCCCGGAGUUUAUCGUGUUGAUUUGCUAACAAGACAAAUAUCAGCACCAGAUGUUGAUUUUACCUAUAGCGAGCCAAUAGAGAUGAUAGAUCCACCCAACUCUGACAAUCCCAUGAAUGAAAUUGGGGAAAGUGGCGGUGCUUAUAUAAUCCGUAUACCAUUUGGCCCAAAAGAUAAAUACAUUUCCAAAGAACUUCUCUGGCCACAUAUUCCUGAAUUCGUUGAUGGUGCACUUAGCCACAUUGUGCAGAUUUCUAAGGUGCUUGGAAAGCAGAUUGGCAGCAGAGAUCCACUCUGGCCUGUUGCCAUUCAUGGACACUAUGCAGAUGCUGGGAACUCUGCUGCUCUCCUAUCUGGAGCUUUAAAUGUGCCAAUGAUAUUUACUGGUCACUCACUUGGACAAGACAAGCUCGAACAACUCUUGACGCAAAGGCGCCAAUCAAGGGAGGAGAUCAAUGCGACGUACAAAAUAAUGCGGCGUAUAGAGGCCGAGGAAAUAUCUCUUGAUGUAUCUGAAGUAAUUAUUACUAGCACAAGACAGGAGAUAGAAGAGCAAUGGCGUCUAUAUGAUGGAUUUGAUCCAGUAUUAGAGCGCAAGCUUCGGGCACAAAUCAAACGCAAUGUGAGCUGUUAUGGCAGGUCCAUGCCUCGCAUGGUUGUAAUUCCUCCAGGAAUGGAAUUUCACCAUAUCAUUCCACAUGGUGACAUGGAUGGAGAAGUAGGAAAUGAAGAUAGCUCCGAAACUCCAGAUCCAUCAAUUUGGUCAGAGAUAAUGCGCUUCUUUAGCAAUCCACGCAAGCCUAUGAUACUUGCUCUUGCCAGGCCAGAUCCAAAAAAGAAUUUAAUCACUUUAGUCAAAGCUUUUGGAGAGUGCCGUCAACUGAGGGAGCUCGCAAACCUUACAUUGAUAAUGGGAAACCGUGAUGCAAUUGAUGAAAUGUCAACUACAAAUUCAUCUGUUCUUCUUUCAAUACUUAAAUUGAUUGAUAAAUAUGACCUGUAUGGUCUAGUUGCAUAUCCCAAACACCACAAGCAAUCUGAUGUUCCUGAAAUAUACCGUCUGGCUGCAAAAACAAAGGGUGUCUUCAUAAAUCCAGCUUUUAUUGAGCCAUUUGGUCUUACUUUAAUUGAGGCAGCAGCUUAUGGUCUGCCUAUUGUUGCCACAACAAAUGGAGGUCCUGUUGACAUUCAUCGGGUUCUUGAUAAUGGUGUGCUAGUCGACCCACACAAUCAGCAGUCAAUUGCUGAUGCACUCCUGAAGCUUGUUUCUGACAAGCAACUGUGGGCAAGAUGUAGGGAGCAUGGAUUGAAUAAUAUUCAUCUUUUCUCGUGGCCGGAGCAUUGUAAGGCUUAUUUAGCUCGAGUAACAAGUUGCAAGCAAAGGCAGCCAAAAUGGCGCAGAAACAAUGAUAUUCAUACUGAAUCAGAAUCUGACGCCCCUGGAGAAUCCUUGAGAGAUAUUCAUGACCUAAAUUUAAAUUUGAAUAUUUCAUUUGAUGGUGAAAUUAAUGAAGGGAUUGGAAGUUCAAACAAUGCUUCAACUUGCAGAGAAAAUGCAACUGAUGGGAAAAACCAGGUGAAUGGUACAGCUUUGACCUUGUCCUUGGAUGAGUCCAUGGAUAAAGCAGAAAGUAGCAAGUUUUCAGAAUCGAGAAAUGAAGCCAUAUAUGUUAUUGCAGUAGACUGCGAUUCAACAGCAGAUAUUCUAGACAUUACGAAAACAAUAAUUGAGGCUGGCAGGAUCGAUAGGAAUGCAGAUUCCGUCAGCUUCAUCUUGUCUACAGCUUCAACUUUAUCGGAGAUUAACUCUCUUCUGAAUAAGGGUGGUCUCAAGCCCAGUGAUUUUCUUGCGUUCAUCUGCAAUAGUGGAGGCGAGAUAUACUACCCGUCUCCAGAUUCCAGAGAAAAUUCUUCUGGUUCUCCUUAUAUUGUGGAUUCCGAUUAUCAUUCACACAUGGAGUAUCGUUGGGGUAAAGAAAGUUUGAGGAAUAUGUUGGUUCGUUGGGCUACUUCCAUAAAUGAUAAAAUGGAAGGCAAGGACGGACCAGUUCUCUCUGAAGAUAAUUCAGGAUCUUCACAUUGCUAUUCAUUUAAAGUGAAGAACCCAGCACUACUUCCUCCUUUCAAAGAACUCAGGCGAUUGAUGAGAAUUCAAGCUCUUCGAUGCCAUGCUGCAUACUGCCAAAAUGGUACCAGGAUGAAUGUGAUCCCCAUUCUUGCUUCUCGAGCUCAAGCCCUUAGGUAUCUGUAUGUUCGAUGGGGCAUAAACUUGUCAAAUGUUGUUGUUUUCGUGGGAGAGUGUGGAGAUACUGAUUAUGAGGAAUUGCUUGGUGGAAUGCACAAAACUGUUAUUUUGAAGGAAGUGUGCCGGGAUGCCUCUAAACUUCAUGCUAACAGAAGCUAUCCUCUUGAACAUGUCCUCCCAACUGACCAUCCGUACACUGUUGAAUGUGAACGAUGUAACAAGGGUGAUAUUAGGGCAUCAUUGGGAAAACUAGGUUUUAAUAAGGCUUAA